AUGUACUUCUCAGCUUUCAUUCUUACUGCUUUGGCUACCGCUGCCUUCACCAGUGCUACACCUUUGGUACCUGGGAGAAUGUGCCAAGGACGUCAGGCUAUUACUUCAACGCAAUACAUUGGCGCAGAGAAAAAUGUAAAGCUCGAUAUUAUCACCUGCGAAGGCAUUGCAGACUCCGCAACGAUUGAAUCCGGCGUUGGCGCAUUGUUAGAGUCCCGUCAAACUGCAAGCGUGUGUGAUGCUCCGUGCACAACGUUCUGUCACGAUCCAGCAGGAGGAGGCCCAGACCCAAACGAUUGCCAUAUCAUUGCUGAUGCAUUGCGUUUUGAGAGUCAGAGCAUAUCUCCAACAUUUGAAAUUGACAAUGGGGCCAAUAACGUCGUUUCUCUGACAUUCUCCAGCUGCACAUCGUUCUUCUUGAAUCAAGCAUCUACUGGAUUAAACUACUGCCGCACUGACUUUGCCAGCUUGACCGAUUUCCUCUCCACUAAUUGCCAGGCAACACAGAAUGCCCACGGGGGGUUGUGUGUUGCCAACGACGGCAGAUGGUUUGUUCAAGUUCAGCACUCGUAA